AUGGCAUCAUUCACUAGUGUUCUCUCUAGGCCUCUUGCCUCAUUGGCUAAGGCAUCCGCUCAUAGACCAAUUCAUGUGAUCAUCCUCACCGCUUUGGUCACCGCGGUGGCGUAUUUGUCAAUCGUUGAUGAAUUUAUUAGCUUGAACUCGAUCGACGUUUCUCAAGUCUCUUAUUACCAUCCUCCAAACACCAAUGACUACAAGGACUGGACUUUGAUUGAAGAUAUUGCAUUGUACCCUAAUGCUGCCCAUGUCGGUAUCACCCCUUUGAGCUUCAAGAGAAUUGCUGAAAAUCAGAUCCCAGCGGUGGAAGAUACUGUUUUCUAUGCUGAUUCGGCUGAAAAAUAUUUGAUUUGUGACUUUGAUGAUGUGAAAAACAAGCUCAAUAACAUCAGCCAAAUUACCACAAACGAUGGCACCACCUGGAAAACCGUUCAUCAAUACAAAAUUAGUAAAUAUCAAGAAUAUGCUAAAAGCGCUUACAAUACUUUGAAAUCUGUUAUUUCUGGCGCUGAAACUUACGAUAUCGUCAUUAUUACCAUUGCCUAUCUUGCCAUGUACUACACCUUUUUCAAGUUGUUCUUUGAUAUGAAGAAACAAACUGGGUCCAAGUUCUGGUUAGGUUUUGCAUCAAUCACUCUGUCUCUGUUUGCCUUCUUGUUAGCUUUCGCUACUGCCAGAAUCUUCAAUGUUAAAGUUUCAUUCUUUAGCUUGUCAGAAGGUAUUCCGUUUUUAGUCGCUACUGUUGGUUUUGAUAGAGUGGUGAAAUUAAGUGCUUCUGUUUUGAAUGCGGCAAAUAUUGACAAAGAGUCUCACAGUAUCAGUUCAUUGAUUCACAAGCAGCUUGAAAAUUCUGCUCUUAAUUUUGUGAAGGAUCAAUUAUUAUGUGCAUGCGCUUUCUUAGCAUGCUCUUUAUACGCGUUCCAUUUGGAAGGAUUGAAAAACUUUUGUCUUUUGAGUGCUCUUAUCAUGCUUUAUGAUGUUCUUUUAACUUUUAGUUAUUACUCUGCUGUUUUGGCGUUGAAGGUUGAAAUUAACAUGAUCCACCGCUCCACUGCUUUUGAACAAGCUAUGGAAGAAGAUGGUAUUCCUGAAUUCGCCGCCAAACAAGCUUCUUUGCAGUCCACUGUUUCUCAAGAAGAGGUCAACUUCAAUUUCGAUAACACCUCUGUCACUGCUUUCAAAUUAUUUAGUGUUGUUUUAUUCAUUGCCUUCCACGUUUAUAUUGUUGGUAGCAAUUGGGUUUUUGUUAGUGAAGUUAAUAGCCGUUCUGACGCCACUGUUGUUCAAAAUUUGUCUAAAUCAAUUGCCAAACAUAUUGAUAUUAGUCCAAAUGGAACUAUUGUUACUUUCCUUGAGCCAAGAAUCUAUGUUCCAAAGAAUCUUUUCUUCCAAGCUCAAGAUAUUACCUUUAACUUUUUAGAAAGACUUUCUGGUGCUAUUCGUGACAGGUUUAUCAGUAAAACCUUGUUGUUCCUUUUAGGCACCAGCGCUGCUAUUAACGCAUACUUGCUUAACGCUGCGAGAACUCACUCUAUUGAUAAGCCUUCUCAAAAGCUCAAUGAAGCAAUUGAAUCCAAGAAAUUGGCCGAAGCUGCUGAAAAGGCUGCCGCAAUUAAGGUUCAAGCUCCUUCCACGUCCACUUCCACCCCAUCUGCCCUUGAAUCAAAUACAACUCACACAUUCGAUGAAUGUGUUCAAAUUCUCAAAGAAGGUAACGUUGCUUCUUUGAAUGAUGACGAAGUUACCUCUCUUGUUGUAGGUGACAAAUUACCACUUUAUGCCUUGGAAAAGAAAUUGAGUGAUACCACCCGUGCUGUUGUUGUCCGUCGUAAAGCUAUUGCUAAGUUAGCAAAAGCACCAGUUGUUGAUUCCGCUGAUGUGCCAUACUUGAACUAUAAUUAUGAUAAAGUAUUCGGUGCUUGUUGUGAAAAUGUUAUUGGUUAUAUCCCUUUGCCUCUUGGUGUUGCUGGUCCUUUGUUGAUCGAUGGUAAACCAUACCAUAUUCCAAUGGCUACUACUGAAGGUUGUCUUGUCGCCUCUACUAUGCGUGGGUGCAAGGCCAUCAACUCUGGUGGUGGUGCUACUACUGUAUUGACAAGAGAUGGUAUGACCAGAGGCCCUUGUGUCAAAUUCCCAUCUUUGAAGCGUGCUGGUGCCUGCAAGAUUUGGUUAGAUUCCGAUGAAGGUCAAGAAUUAUUAAAGAAGGACUUCAACUCGACUUCUAGAUUUGCUAGACUUCAACAUGUUCAAACUGCAAUUGCUGGCUCAUUAUUGUUUAUCAGAUUUAGGACUACUACUGGUGAUGCUAUGGGUAUGAAUAUGAUCUCCAAGGGUGUUGAAUACACCUUGAAACAAAUGACUGAAGCCCACGGUUGGUCUGAUAUGGAUGUUAUCUCUGUUUCAGGUAACUAUUGCAGUGAUAAGAAACCUGCUGCCAUUAACUGGACUAACGGCCGUGGUAAGAGUGUGGUUGCUGAAGCUCGCAUUCCUGCAGAAGUCAUUAAGAAGGUUCUCAAGAGUAAUGUUGAUGCCUUGGUUGAGUUAAAUGUUUCUAAGAAUUUGAUUGGUUCCGCCAUGGCAGGUUCUAUAGGUGGGUUUAAUGCACAUGCUUCUAACUUGGUCACUGCUGUGUAUUUGGCAUGUGGUCAAGAUCCUGCUCAAAAUGUUGAAAGUUCGAACUGUAUGACUUUGAUUGACAAGGUUGGUGAAGAUUUGUUGAUUUCUGUUUCUAUGCCAUCCAUUGAAGUCGGUACUAUUGGUGGUGGUACAAUUCUUGGACCUCAGGCUGCCAUGCUCGAAGUUUUGGGAGUUCGUGGUCCACAUCCAACUUCACCAGGUGCUAAUGCCCAGCAAUUGGCUAAGAUUGUUGCAUGUGCCGUCAUGGCUGCUGAAUUAUCUUUAUUAUCAGCCUUGGCUGCUGGUCACUUGGUGCAAAGUCAUAUGCAACACAAUCGUGCUGGUCCAGUUGUUAACAAAGGUUGCAGUUGA